CCCCGACCUCAACGAGCUCUAAUCGUCGACCCCACACGUCCUAUCCGUCCGGAACCCUCGCACUGACCCCCGGGUCAUCUCAGUAGGGUCUAGACAGUCGUCUCCGGUGUGGAAUUCAAGGUUUUCGCCUCAAAAAAGUCUGGUCGGGCCGCACAGGCACGCGGGUUUAGGCAACAAAUUUAGCUGGCUCCACGUGUCUGGUCGGGGCACAACAAACAUUGCGGAUUGACGGGGCCAACUCCUGACCAGAUAGACAUCGGACCUGGACGUGGCCAUGGAUUGGGAUUGAUUGGGUGGAGCCGUCAUCACGGGCACCAGGAACACCGUAGCCCAUCCAAGAUGGCGCAAUUGCCUAAUAACACGUCGCACGCCGUAGCCGCUGCGGGUCAAUUGCUGGAACUGCAGCCCGUAAUGCAUCCUGGACAGCCUCUCCAUUCGAAUCAUCCGGGCCAGCCGCACGUCAAUGCGGUCACCAGUGUCAGUUAUUUGACGGCCACGGGCCAGACUUUGCACGCCCUGCCCGGAUCCCAGGCCAGUCCGGCCAAUGAGGCUCUGAUUCAGAACAUCUACGUGUCCACGGCUCCCGCCGCAGUCCAGAUCCCGCAAUAUCAGCCCGUGUAUCAGUCGCCGUUGGCUCAGCCAGUGCCCACUGUCACCUAUCAUCAGAUGCAAACGCCCCAACAGCAACAGCAACAGCAGCAGCAACAACAGCAACAGCCGUUACAUCAAGCCCAGCCUCAACCCCCACCCCCACAUCAGGCCCCACAUCAGGCCCCACAUCAGGCCCCACAUCAGACCCCACAGCAAGCCCAUCAUCCGCACCUCGCGGCUCUACCUCAGCAUCAUAUGCAUGCCACGCCCACCACGGCCGUUUACAUGAGUCACCCGCCCUCUCACCUGUCGCCGCUUCCGAAUUCGCAGCCUUCCACCGUCGUGUCCCCAGCCCAGACGUCUCAGUACAGCCAUGAGCCCCAUGGCCACACUAAUACGUACCUUCAACUCCAGCCUCAGGCGCGAGUGGUGCGGGCUCCCGGUCCCGCCUACCCCACCCAUUACCGUCAGCCCAAUCCGUUGGCCGGUCAGACCCUCAAUCCGACACAUCCAACCCCGCCUAAUGGGCCCCGUGUCUCGUUUAAGGGAAACUCCCAACGGAUUCAGCGUAUGUUCCACACGCAGACUCAGGUGGCGCCUCAGGCCGCCCCAGUCGCUCGACCCAUGACCACUUUGAAUCCACGAGCCAAGACCAAGGUGGUCAUGUUGCAGACCAAUCCGGAUGGGAGUUUGCGACCCGUCCAAUCUUUACGCGGCAGCACGUUUCAGCCCGUGCGCGCCAUCAAUGUCCAAAGUAGUCAGCCUCGCACCCUGACGUUGGCGCGUCUGCGCAUGCCGGAGCCUAUUCAAAGACCGAGUAUGCGACCGCCCAUGCACGCAUCUACCCAGGUUCUGCCUGAACAGCCGUGGCGGAAUCCACCUACCCAGCCGCCCAGUAUGCCCGCUCAGUCACCUCCCCGACCUACACACUAUCAGGUCCAGCCCACACCCGUUGCGGGUCAUCCUCCUCCAGCACCUCGAGCGACUCAGCCGACUCGAGCAGGUCCGAUUCACCAGGCUCCGCCUCAAAAUGAGUCUGAGAUUGCCUACAACGUCGAGCACAUCUUCAUAGAGGAAGGUCGUGAGGUGUCUAAGAUGCCGAUCAAGGUGGGCGACUCCACCUUCUGGGUGGAUUGUGUCAAUGAACAGCCGCAGGAGGCUUCAGCCAAUUCUAUAUCUUUCGAAUUGGAUCCCUCGAUGCCUGUCAUCAAUCAGGGUCCACCCACGUCACAACCCAAUGAAUACAAUCAAACCGGACCGCCUCCAUCCGCCAUGGCUACGCCGGCGAAAAAGGCCAAAAUCAACUCCAAGGAUAUCCCGCAAGAAGAACGGGAUCGAGCUAUCAAACGAGUGGUCGAGGAACACAUAUCUCCGGGCAUCGUUGGCGAAGAUAUCGGGAUCACGGCAUCGGCAGUUAGGGCUUGGAUCAAAGCUGCUGGUCUCACUCUACCAGCCAAGUACAAACAGGUCCAAAAGAAAGUGCAAGCCGUCAAAGAACCAACUCUACCCAACAAUGAGGGUCCUCAAGUGGCGCCUCCCCAACCUCCCCCCGCCCCACUUACUCAAUCGUCUCAGGCGAAUUUGCCGUACUCCUCCCACCAAGGCGGCAAUCAUCAGGGCCCGUUAUACACCCAGCCUCCCCAUUCCCAACCCAUGGGUCCGCCAGGUUUUCAAGCCAGUGUUAACAACUUCCGACCUCAAAUGGCCAAUCGAGGGGCUCGACCACCACAUGGAGUGAUUAGGAUGCCGGGGGCUCCCGCCCCCAAAACCCCUUUGGGCCUCAAUCCUCGGCCCAAUUCGCCCAAGGAUCCUAAAGGAGGCGAGGGCUUGAAACCGGGAGAAAAGUACACGCCUCGUUAUGUGGCUGGAAAACUGAAACUGUGUCGGAAUUGCGGUUCCACUAGUGCGGACUUUAAUCGGUGUGAGGCCUGCCGAAAACCUCUGCCGGAUGACUGCAAAAUCGUGACCGAUCAUAACCAGAAGCGAGACUCGUCCACCGGUGACGAUCGCCAUUCGACGAUGUCGCCCAAAGAUCCGAUGAGUGGAUCCGAGCCUGGCGAGGGUGGAAGACUCGAACUCCGAGGUGUGCGAAUCAACCACAAUAAGCGGAAAAAGAAGGCCCCGGACGAACCGGUCUGUAUUGCCUUGUCCUCGGAUGAAGAGGACGAGGCUGAGGAAAAGAACGGAAAAGAAGACCUAGAAGAAGGGGAUCCAUCGGGAGAUAAGGCCGCAUCCACUCAAACAGAUUCGGGCGGAGCGGUGGCCGUUCAGGGCGUGACCGACGAGGAAAUUGGGUUGACAGCGGGUGGUGUCUCUCCUAUGCAAGGCAAUUGGGUUAGCCUGCCAUGUCGAUCCAUUCGGAUGGGCUCGUACAAGGCUGCGCCCAAGGAGAAGGCCUUUUUCAGCGCCAAAGGCUUUCAAAUCCGAGUGCCCGGCUUCACCACCAACGAGAUGGUCAAGCUCAACUUUCGAAUCGAGGAGGUAAUCCAAGUCAUGGUUCACUUUGGCAAGAACAUGCCCGCCAUGUUCUUCUUCGUUAUGCCGGCAGCCUGUGAGCGGACCCGCAAAAUAUUGGGCAUGUGCGAUCCCACGGGAUUUUGGUUGGACAGUCAAUCCAAGGACGAAACGAUGAAGCGAAUCACCAUCCUCCCGGAACGUCUUCGUGAUGAGGACAAAACCUUGCUCACCAAUCACUUCAAGGAGAAACUCCACGAACUCGAUUCCAAAGCCACUAACGAGUUGCUGGUCAAGUGCUCGCCUCGAGAUAUCAACAUGAUCAAGGCCAAGAUGGCCGCCAAUCGCGCUCUUAUGGGCAACGCUGUGGCUGGCUCACCCGCUUCCGGCGGCCCAGACGCCCGAAGGGCCAAUGCCAUGGGCGGAGGUGAGCCGGAGGCGAUCAUGAAGUAUUGCCAGUUUCCUCUGACGGGAGCGAAUUCGGUGUCGGUUGGCACGGAAGACUACAUUUGUCUCGAAGAGGACAACUUCCUCAAUGACGUGAUCAUUGACUUCUUCUUCCGGUGGCUCCAGUUUCAAAAAUUGGAGCCGGCGGAUCGAGAGCGAACUCAUAUGUUCUCCACGUUCUUCUACAAGCGGUUGACCACUCGUCCCAAGAAGAUGAAGAACCGAAUUCACCCAGUGGAGGAUAACCCGAAUCUAAGUGCCGCUGACAAACGUUACGAAAGAGUCAAACGGUGGACCAAGAAAGUGGACAUCUUCAACAAGGACUUUGUCUUUGUACCCAUCAACGAACAAUCGCAUUGGUUUUUGGCCGUCAUCUGUUUCCCGGGUUUGAUCGGUUGUCGUACCAUGGAGGAUGACUCACCGAUCGACAUGCCUGAGAGUCAAAAACUCGUCACCAACGCCAGCAAGCCCAAAGUACAAAGGAAAGACGAAAAGAAGAUUCUUCAGAUUGGCUCGACUUCCAUCAUUCCAUUGAAAGGAUCCACGGGCGAAAAAUUUGUCCUCAACGCCGAAGACGAUGCCUCCGAUCGGGAUGAAGCUGAGGCCUCGGAUGACGAUAUGAUGGACGAAGAAGAUGAAGUAUUUAACCGCAUGGGCAAGUUGAAUAGUGUUCCUCCGAAUUCCCGGCCCAUUCUCCAACCCAAAGACCCAAAGGAACCGCCAAUUGCCGCUCCCCAAGUCGAAGCUGAAGCAGCACAAGAAAAUAAAGAACCGGAAACAAAGUCAUCGGAAGACGACAAGACCAAAUCUGGAGAGUCCGAACUUGAUACGGACGAUGAUUUGAAGGAUGGCGCCCUGAAACUAGAGGAAAGUGACGCCGAGAGCGAAAUCCCCGCCUCCGAAAAGUCGCCCGAAGGAAAGGAACCCGAAAGUACGCAAGUCAAACCCGUGACCGAGGAGUCAAAUCCACCCAAGGUUGAAGAGAAAAAGUCAGUUAGCGAGAAGACGGAUCCCAAAGAGGAAAAAAACGAACUCUGUGAUAGUGAUAAAAAGACCGUCCCGAACGCGGAACGACCGUCUAUAAAACAGCCUUGCAUCCUCAUCUUUGACUCUUUGAACACGGGCAGCCGUGCUCGAGUGGCGGCCACCUUGCGGGACUAUCUCACUUGCGAAUACAAGGACAAGAAAGGGGAACCUCGACUGUUCACGCGAGAAAAUAUGAAAGGCAACUGCCCGAAAGUGCCCCAACAACCGAACUUCUCCGAUUGCGGCAUCUUUGUCCUUCAAUAUGCUCAAAGCUUCUUCGAAAAUCCCAUCACUGAUUUUUCGCUGCCCAUCACGUCUUUGCGCAAUUGGUUUUCUACGGAUAUUGUUCGAGCCAAGCGGGGUGAAAUUGGCGAAAUCAUUCGUAGCCUGGCCAAGGGACAGAACCCCAAGAAGACUAUUCGCUUCCCGGAGAUCUCAUUCAACCCUGGUGGUUAUUCCGACGACGAGGGCGAGAACAUGUCAGAUGACGAUGAAAAGGCCAGGAAGAAGUUACCCACCACCACACUCAUCGGGCAAGGCAAGGGCAAAUUGGUGACCGUGUCCUCGGCAGGCAACCUGAUACGCCUGCCCAUCAUGAAAAAGGAGAUGAAACCCAUCUUGUCCCCUAAAGUCACCUCCUCCGGUUCGGGGAUGUUGAUAACAAAGAAAGCCGGGAACGUCACCCUCACGCGACUAGAAAAUGGAACCGCCGUCAAGGUGUCUACUAGCCUGACCUCCAGCAUCACCAGCAACAAAGACUUGUCGGCAAUAGACACCAAAGUUCUGUCCAACAAUAUGAGAUCGAUUCCCAAAGACAUGAGUGACGCGCCCGAGCUCAAAAAGGCCAAGCUCGAUGCCCCGGUGGCGAAUACGCCAGCGGAGAGCGAUGUGCCUAGUGAUAAUGGCUCGAGGGCUGAUAUAGCCACUCUCAAUGGCGUUCAGGCAGAGGCUAUGAAGCCCGAUUCAGGUUCCACGGGGCCGUCAGUGUCAGAUCCGCCGAGCCAGGAACAUGAGGAUCCCAUGGACACUUCGGAAGAAGUUCCGAAUCAAGUGUCCACCACGGUGGAAGUGGCUCCUUCCAACCAAGUCGUGGAUUGAGCCGGUCUCUUGUCAUAUGGAGCCUUGACAUGUCAUGAAUUAUUUCGUCUCAUGCUCCUAUUCCAAUUGUGGUAUUGUCGACUCACAAAGGGGGCAGAGGAUUAACAUUAACAUAUCUCUAAUCUCCACAGUUGUCCGCCGACUGAGACGUGUUGAGAAUUGUGCAUUUUUUGGAAUUCGGUUCCCUCAUAACAGAAUUGCCUUUGCUAUUCAUUUACAUCCAUUGCUAUAAUAUAGAUGAGCCGCCUUCGAACCCUC